AUGUCAGAGAUCGAGAGCAAGCUUACCAAGAAGCAGCUGAAGGCCCAACAGUUCCGUAAAUCGAAGGACGAGCGUGAACAGGACAAAGAACUAAAAAGGAAGCAGCCUGAACAAGAUGAAGUCCAGAACCCAGACGCACCAGCUAAGAAGAAGAGAAAGACCAGAAGGGGCCGUGGUGGCAAGGGCCGUAACGGCGAAAAGAAGAACAACAGAUUCAUCAUUUUUGUAGGAAGCUUGCCCAAGGACGUAACUGCCACAGAGCUGCAAUCCCACUUCAAAUCCAGUUCACCCGACCACAUCAGAAUAAGAGCAGACAAGGGAAUCGCCUUCCUCGAGUUCGACCCAGACAAGGAUAAGCACGGCAUACAAAGACGGAUGGAUGUCGCACUCUUACAGCACAGGACCCUUCUGAAAGACAAGAGGAUCAACGUCGAACUGACCGUCGGCGGCGGUGGAAACAGCACAAGUAGGCUCGAAAAGCUCAAGAGCAAGAAUGUAAAGCUCGAAGAUGAACGCCGGGAGAGAGUCAAGAAGAUGGUCCAGGAAGGAUCUCAAAAGAAGGCCGCCGCGCAAGGGACGCCCGGCUCCGCCGGUUCCAGCCAGGCAGGAGAGCAGGCAGUUCAUCCCGAUAGAGCUAAACUGAUCCAGUAG